ACGGCAAACACACACAUUCGUUCACAAUCUCUCGCGAUCGUAAUCCCGUCGUUGGUUGGUGCGGUAUUUCCGUGGUCCAAAGGGUCCCCCGAAAUUAUGACACAAAUACGUGCGAUAACAUGAUCGUCGCGAGCCGAUACGGUCGGAUCCGGUUCACUCGGUAAUUUCGCGGGGUACUUUCAGUCAUCGGAAGCGUCGGUUUUUCGGCAACCGAUAAGAAAACAUUGGGGCAAAUUUAACCCCCCCAAUCCGGGCAAGUUACUUUGGUAAUGGUGACAAUGGGCGAGCGUGAGAAAAUGGUCAAGAACCCCGUCAGGGUCGGAUUUUACGAUAUUGAACGGACCAUCGGCAAGGGUAACUUUGCCGUCGUCAAAUUGGCGAGACAUCGGGUUACUAAAACUGAGGUCGCUAUAAAAAUAAUAGACAAGUCCCAACUAGACGCAAGCAAUCUACAAAAAGUGUAUAGAGAAGUAGACAUAAUGAAAAGACUGGAUCAUCCUCAUAUUAUAAAACUCUAUCAGGUUAUGGAAACCAAAAAUAUGAUUUAUUUAGUGUCCGAGUAUGCGAGCCAGGGCGAAAUUUUUGAUUACAUAGCGCGGUAUGGACGUAUGAGUGAGGAACAAGCUAGAAUUAAGUUUUGGCAAAUUUUAUCUGCUGUUGAAUACUGCCAUAAUCGUAACAUAGUACAUCGAGAUUUAAAGGCUGAAAAUCUUUUACUAGAUUCCAAUAAUAAUAUUAAGAUAGCUGACUUUGGUUUUUCAAAUUACUACACCCCCGGGGGGCAGUUGUCCACGUGGUGCGGCAGCCCCCCGUACGCCGCCCCCGAAGUAUUCGAGGGCAAAAAGUAUGUGGGGCCAGAGAUCGAUAUAUGGAGUCUCGGGGUGGUCCUGUACGUGCUGGUUUGCGGAGCCCUACCCUUCGACGGAUGCUCCCUACAGGCCCUACGGGACCGGGUUCUGUCCGGCCGUUUCAGAAUUCCUUAUUUUAUGAGCCAAGACUGCGAAUCGCUUAUAAGAAAAAUGCUGGUCCUCGAACCGAACAAGCGAUUCACCAUCCAACAGAUCAAGAAACACCGAUGGAUCCAAAUGGGCGUGUUGCCAGUAUUACCGCCAACAAUCUUCACAUCGAACACGCACCCUAACGAGCAGAUUCUCAGACUGAUGCAGAGCUUAGGAGUCGAUAGUUCCAAAACCAGGGAGUCGAUUCGUUUGGGUUGCUAUGACCACCAUGCCGCAAUCUAUUAUUUACUGUUGGAAAAAGUGAGGAGCCAACUGGUCGGUGGCGAAACUCAAACUGGGGUCAGAGAAGUGCAGCGUAGAAGACCAUCGAACGUAGCCGAACAAGCGAUGAGAAAAAUAGGAAGGGCGAGCACCACGGAGGACUGCAGACGUCUCCUGCAGCACUCUACGAUCGCCCCCACGGCCAGCAACAGCAAAAUCAACAUGGGGUCAGUCACUAGCUCCAGUAGGCCGGUCACCUCGUCGCCAAUUCACGGGAUCGACGCUGCCAGACUGUUGGCCGCCACCAACAGCGAGGACGCCCUCAAGAUUUUAAAUCAGGCGGCCUCCACGACCACCUUCAGUAUGUGCACCGAGGCCACCAGGCUGAUGUCCACGUUACAAAUGUCAGCGGUGCCCAGCAGUUCAACGGACACCUCGCCCUUUAAGGAAUUUACGAAAAGCGAUACGGGAGGCGGGUGCUACCCUCUGGUGUUAAACAUGCAACCCUUCGAGGUGCCGGAGGUCAAGGGCAGCCUGGAUCGGUUUAAUAGCAGUACCGGCGGCUUCAAAGGUAGCGAAAUCCACAUGCAAUACUCGAGUUCAACGGACGAGGGAGUGGAAACCGACCUGGAGGAGCCGUUGGCGACCACUCACGGAGGUCCCCGGUUGAGCUACGCCUCCUCCAGCUCCUCAAGCGGUGUAGUAAACAAUUUCAAUGCCUCCAAAAGCCUUAGCCAGAACUUGAGUUGUGAUAGUAACUUCGAGAGUCUCGAGUAUCCGUUAUCCGAGUCGAACGAGCUUGCCAGUAGUCUCCCGAGCUGCACCUCCACGGACAAACAGCCAGAGCCCACCUUGACCAGCUCGAACGCCCUCACCGGCACUAACAAGUAUUCCAUAGUUCCUAGAUCGGUGAUGCACAAACACAACCCGCUCGUACACAUGUCUAGUUUUAAAACCGCUAGAAACCUAAAUAGAUCCCCGGUAGAUUUUCGGGAGGGGAGACGUGCUAGUGACGGGCUGGUGGCUCAGCAAGCCGCCGACCCUCCGUUAGCCUUCAAUUCCCAAAAACUGAACGAAUGCUACAAGGCCAAGGGGGUGUUAGACAUGGGGCUGGUGCAACGGGAGGCCCUUAGGCUCCAGAGCCAGUACCAAGCGAGAGAACCGCCGGAAGAGCUAUCGAACCGGCAGAAGCAGCACUACCAGUACAUGCAACCGCGCUGUAGCGGCUUACCCGCGAAAAAGAUCAGCUUGCCAGACAGCUUCAGCUACUCGGAACCGCCUGUACAGCUUCAAACGGCGAUGCAGCACCGGCUGUUGCAACAGAAACGGCAAAUUUUACAAAAACAAUCGGCUACGACGCCCGCGGACGGGCAUGCGCACAUGUCACGGCGGCACAUGUUACGACAGGCGAGUUAUAAGAUUGCUCAGCAGCAGCCGGUGGUGUUGCCCCCGUUGCCCCUCUCGGAUCACGAGAAUAAAGAUCUUUUGGCGUUUCAGUCGUUGGUUGAGGAGGGCGUGGUCGCGGAAACGAGUUGCUGGACUUCCUCCUCCGCUUUGUCUUCCAACAUGCAGAGUUCUUGUCAAAUUACGACGGAGACGGGGGCGAAGCCCUCGUGGCAGAAACCGAGCAACGCGUGGAAUCAGGGUCCUUCCAGUUUACCGAUGCCAACGAAUCUACAGACCGGCAACGUUUGGCCCCCUUUACUGCCCUUGAGAGAGAGUCCUAUUUUAGAACUGACUGAACAAAUGGAAUCUAUGUAAACCCUCGCGUUUUUAAUACCAGAACAACUUACUAACUCAAUCUAAUAUGCUCCACUUUAUUUUGGCGAGACAAUAUAUAUAUAUAUAUGCGAAAAAAUAAAACUAAAGUGCUUUUCUAAAUGAACUUUUACUGCCAGCCUACGUGUAUGUAUGUUAUUUGUAGCGAAACAUUCCAUUCGAGGCGUUUUUCUAUAAAGUAAAACAAAUUUUGGUAUUAAAAACCCUAAAAGCUCUUAGACAUUUUUAAACGUGUGGAAAUUUGGUAUACAGUAACUCUUUUAUAUACAGAUUUUUCUAGAUUUUUAGACGUGAAUCCUCAUUUUUUUUACUUCGAGACAAUAAUAAUAAAAAUGAAACGGUAAGCAGAAAUAACUAUUUAGAGGGAAUUAGCUAUACUUAAAAGUAAGUACAACUAAAUUCACUUAUAAACCCAUUUCAACUGGUAAGCCAUAAUGUGGCGACCCAUUAUAUGUAUCAAAGUGACAAAUGACAUCGAAAUCACUAUAUUAGGACCGGCUUUAAAUAUAUCGUUCAUAAUAAUAAUAAUUUAAUGCAGUAGCUAACUAAUAAUAAUAAUAAUAAUAAAUCGAGUCAAUAUUUAGCUGAGGAUAAUCAAAUAGAGUUACUGUAAAAGUUGUCAAUAGUACUUAGAUCUUGCCUAGGUUAGGUGAUAAAAAAAGAGGAUAUUCGUGCAACUAUAAUAUAGUUUAGAUAAAAAUGCGCCGGAUUAAGCAGUAAUAAUUUAGGGAAUUAUUAAUAACUGGGAUAAUGAUGACGUUUGACUUUCGUAAAUUCUGUUGUGCAACCGGGGUUAAUCUUCUUUUGAAUCUAGACCGUCUUCCAAAUUGAAUACCAUCGAUGAUUGCCGUAUAAAGAGGGUGUUCUGUACCAUAAGAAUUCGCCACAUUUUCAAUUCUUAACCUCCCUAGAUCGUUUAUAUGUAACCCAGUUAUAACAUAUCAUUCACGUCAACUAUAUCAUAAAAUGUAAUAAUAGAUUAUAAGAAGGAUGCUGAAAAAACCGCCAUUAUCACGUUAUUGUAUAUGUAGUUGUUAUUAUUACUACUUAUUAUUAUUAUUAUUGCGCUAAACUACGAUGAUAGCGGCUUUUUAAAACGAGUGUGUUUGGUAGACAGCAAUAAUUAUUAUUAUAUAUUUAUACAUUUUUUAAACGUUAUUAUUAUUAUUAUUAUUAUUAUAUAAUGGUUUUGUUUGAUAAUAUUGCUUUUGUUAUUGUUUAUAUUAAACAUACAUGCAAAAGAA